CCUCCUCCUGCUCCCCCUCCCCCACGCGCUGCCGCGGCCGCCGCAGGAGCCCAGAGCUCAAGCCGCCCGGCGACUCCCCCUCCCCCUCCCCAGCCCCGCCCCGCCCGGAGCCGGGGCUCCCGAGUCGGAGCCGAGUCUGCGCCUGGGGGUGCACCCACUGAGGCAGCUGACCAACCCUCCGGUACCCACCUUGAAAGUCUGGGGUGGGUAGGGGGUGAACGCAGCUGACCGACUCGCCCUCUGCCCGGAAGGACCAUGAGGCAGUAGUAGCCAUGCUGCCUUUUCUGCUGGCCACGCUGGGCACUGCAGCCCUCAACAGCAGCUCCUCCAAGGACUACUGCUACAGUGCCCGCAUCCGCAGCACUGUCCUGCAGGGCUUGCCCUUCGGGGGCGUCCCCACCGUGCUGGCCCUGGACUUCAUGUGCUUCCUGGCCCUGUUGUUCUUAUUCUCUAUCCUCCGGAAGGUGGCCUGGGACUAUGGGCGGCUGGCUUUGGUGACAGAUGCAGACAGGCUUCGCCAACGGGAGAGGGCGCGAGUGGAACAGGAAUAUGUGGCAUCAGCUAUGCAUGGGGACAGUCAUGAUCGGUAUGAGCGUCUCACCUCCGUCUCCAGCUCCGUCGACUUUGACCAAAGGGACAACGGCUUCUGUUCCUGGCUGACAGCCAUCUUCAGGAUAAAGGAUGAUGAGAUCCGGGACAAGUGUGGGGGCGAUGCCGUGCACUACCUGUCCUUCCAGAGGCAUAUCAUUGGCUUGCUGGUUGUCGUGGGCGUCCUCUCUGUAGGCAUCGUGUUGCCUGUCAACUUCUCAGGGGACCUGCUAGAGAACAAUGCCUACAGCUUCGGGAGAACCACCAUUGCCAACUUGAAAUCAGGGAAUAAUCUCCUCUGGCUGCACACCUCCUUUGCUUUCCUGUACCUGCUGCUCACGGUCUACAGCAUGCGGAGACAUACCUCAAAGAUGCGCUACAAGGAGGACGACCUGGUCAAGCGGACUCUCUUCAUCAAUGGAAUCUCCAAGUAUGCAGAGUCAGAAAAAAUCAAGAAGCAUUUUGAGGAGGCCUACCCCAACUGCACCGUCCUGGAAGCCCGGCCCUGUUACAACGUGGCUCGUCUUAUGUUCCUUGACGCCGAGAGGAAGAAGGCUGAGCGGGGAAAACUCUACUUCACGAACCUGCAGAGCAAGGAAAAUGUACCUACCAUGAUCAACCCCAAACCGUGUGGCCACCUCUGCUGCUGUGUGGUUCGAGGCUGCGAGCAGGUGGAGGCCAUUGAGUACUACACAAAGCUGGAGCAGAGGCUGAAGGAAGACUACAGGCGAGAGAAGGAGAAGGUGAAUGAGAAGCCUCUUGGCAUGGCUUUUGUCACCUUCCACAAUGAGACCAUCACAGCCAUCAUCCUAAAGGACUUCAACGUGUGCAAAUGCCAGGGCUGUGCCUGCCGUGGGGAGCCGCGUGCCUCUUCCUGCAGCGAGGCCCUGCACAUCUCCAACUGGACCGUGACCUACGCUCCAGACCCCCAGAACAUCUACUGGGAGCACCUGUCGAUCCGAGGCUUCAUCUGGUGGCUGCGUUGCCUGGUUAUCAAUGUGGUCCUCUUCAUCCUGCUCUUCUUCCUCACCACCCCGGCCAUCAUCAUCACCACCAUGGACAAGUUCAACGUCACCAAGCCUGUGGAAUACCUCAAUAACCCCAUCAUCACUCAGUUCUUCCCUACACUACUGCUAUGGUGUUUCUCCGCCCUGCUCCCCACCAUCGUCUACUACUCUGCCUUCUUCGAAGCACACUGGACACGCUCCGGGGAGAACAGGACCACGAUGCACAAGUGCUACACCUUCCUCAUCUUCAUGGUGCUGCUUCUGCCCUCGCUGGGGCUGAGCAGCCUAGACCUCUUCUUCCGCUGGCUCUUUGACAAGAAAUUCCUGGCCGAGGCAGCUAUUCGGUUUGAGUGUGUGUUCCUGCCGGACAACGGCGCUUUCUUCGUGAACUACGUCAUUGCCUCAGCCUUUAUCGGUAACGCCAUGGACCUGCUGCGCAUCCCAGGCCUACUCAUGUACAUGAUCCGACUCUGCCUGGCGCGCUCCGCCGCUGAAAGACGCAACGUAAAGCGGCAUCAGGCCUACGAGUUCCAGUUUGGCGCAGCCUACGCUUGGAUGAUGUGCGUCUUCACGGUGGUCAUGACCUACAGUAUCACCUGCCCCAUCAUCGUGCCCUUCGGGCUCAUGUACAUGCUGUUGAAGCACCUGGUAGACAGGUACAAUCUCUACUAUGCCUACCUGCCGGCCAAGCUGGACAAGAAGAUCCACUCAGGGGCUGUGAACCAGGUGGUGGCUGCACCCAUCCUCUGCCUCUUCUGGCUGCUUUUCUUCUCUACCAUGCGCACAGGAUUCCUAGCCCCCACAUCCAUGUUCACCUUCGUCGUUCUGGUCAUCACCAUUGUCAUCUGUCUCUGCCACGUCUGCUUCGGACACUUCAAAUACCUCAGUGCCCACAACUACAAGAUUGAACACACAGAGACAGAUGCCGUCAGCUCCAGAAGUAAUGGACGGCCCCCCACUGCUGCCGCUGUCCCCAAAUCUGCGAAAUACAUCGCUCAGGUGCUGCAGGACUCAGAGGGAGACGGGGAUGGGGAUGGGGCUCCUGGGAGCUCGGGCGACGAGCCCCCGUCAUCCUCCUCCCAAGAUGAGGAGUUGCUGAUGCCGCCCGAGGGCCUCACGGACACGGACUUCCAGUCAUGCGAGGACAGCCUCAUAGAGAAUGAGAUUCACCAGUAAGGGGAGGGAGGGGCCCUGGAGGCCACGCCCUGCCCCUCACCCCCCCCCCACGGACACUAAAAAACAAAA